UCGAAAUAAUAACAGUAAUCAUAAACAAACGUGAAGGCAAACAGCACACUCGGGCGUCUCCAAGCGCAAAACAAAACAAAUCUCACAUCACUGAGGCACAACGGUUUUUUUUUCGCGUGUACACUCUCUUAUUCGCAUUUUCGCAUCCACCAACGAAAUAAUAUUAUCCACUUUUUGGGAUUUCACAUUCAAGUGAACGAUUUUCAAUCGACGUAAACAAUUUUUCCAGACGAUACAAGAAGUUGAAGAAUACGAACGAGAAGGAGAAGAAGGAAACCGACUUCGAGAUGGCUGGUUCGAUUGAGCAAUUGUCGGCGUUUAUUGCAGUUGCUUGCAUCAUUGGUUGCGGACUAUCGGCAUAUUCGUACUACUUGACAGUCACAUUGGAAGAGGAUGACGAGUAUGAGGCACUGUGCGAUAUUAGCGAACACAUUAGCUGCAGCAAAUCACUUCAAUCCGAAUACGGUCGUGGUUUUGGUUUGAUUGCCCCAUAUUUUGGAAGCGACUCGUUUUUCAAUCAACCAAACGGACUCUGGGGCUUAAUGUUUUACACCACGGAAUCACUCUUAGGUUUUUCCAAGAAUCCGUUGGUCGUGAAAGUACAAGUGAUCCUGUCGAUACUGUCAAUUGGAAUCUCUUCAUGGUUGGGAUACGUGUCAUACUUUGAACUUCAGAAUCUGUGCUUUGUUUGUGUCGGUCUCUUUAUCAUCAACAUCAUCAUCGUCACAUUGACCAUCAUCCGUCACCAACGGCUAAAUAAAGCCAAAAAACCGGCCACAUCCAGCGGAACAACCAAGAAGAAAGCGCCAGCCAAGAAAGGAAAAUCCAAAAAAGACCAAUGAUUUUAACCUUAAUUUUGAGCUUAUCUCAUAAGAAAUCCAUUCCAAAUAUUUCCUUUUUCUAGUGUGAAACAUUUUUUCUUCUCUUUUUUGCCAAAAAAAAGAUGAUGAUAAUGAAAACAAAAUACCAAAACCAUUUUGAAUUAGAAAUUCGUAAAUCUUGUACAUCUACCUCGAAAUCACUAAAUUAAAACGAAUCAAAUUACAUUCA